AUGGCGCAGAUUAGAAAACAGAAUAAACAAGAGCGUAUAUCAAAGUCGAGGGCAGCCAAAGCAUCGGCGCUCACCGGGUUGACUGUGGCGUUUUUCCUAGCCUUCUGUUACCAUGUCUGGUGGGCAGUGAAUGCGUUUUAUCACAACAAGUUUGGCUCGAACUUGAGCAAUUUCAUGAUCAUUGUGGGCGGCCUUGCACUAAACGCGUAUCUCAGUGUGCAAUUCUUGCUUCUUUGCGAAACAAAGUUGUUGAGCAAUGGCAUCGACGCUGACCACAAGAAGUAUAUUUAG